UUUUGCCUCUGAAGUAUCUUAGCAACCAUGUACAGCGUCGCGUGUACAUGCUAAGCUUAAUUUAGAUAAAAUAACAAGUAACAUUAGUUUGUAGUUUCUUUUUAAUGCACAGGUUUAAGAUGGCGCCGAAAAAGAAAGGAGGUCUUCAGACUGUGCAGGAAGAAACAGAUGAGCUGGAGAGGAAGGUGGACUCUUUAAUGCAGGACUUUAAGAGGUCGGACAUCUCAGACAGAACACAGACAUUGCGGCGGUGUUCAGAUCUACAGAUUGCAGUGACAGAGACACUAACAAAGCUCCAGAAACUAACCAAAGCACAUGAAUGGGCUCCUGUAGGGAAUUAUGAUCAGAGAAAGAGACAGGAGGAGGAGCGACUCAGAACUUUACAGAACAAACUCAGAGCUCUGACAGAACAAUCUCAGGACAAAUCAUCUGAGGAGGACAGUGAGGAGGAAGAGGGUGAAGAGGAGGAUGAUGAUGAUAGUUAUGAUGUAGGUGCAAACAGAAAGAUGUUAUCUGCUAAGACGUCCGAUGUGUGCUAUGUGGCUCUCAGCUCUUUCAGAGGACAGGAGGAGGGAGACCUUAACGUCCAAGAAGGAGCUGUUGUUAGAGUCCUACAGAAGACUGAUGAUGGAUGGUGGUUGGCUCAGGAUUCAGCAGGACACAAAGGCCUCGUCCCCAAAAACUACCUUAAGAAAAUGUCUCCACACGAGCAAGUGGCCGAAUCCCAGGUCGAUGAUGAUGGUGAUGAAGAGAGUGAUGAAGCACAGGAGGAUGAAAAUGACCCUGCAGAAGUGAAACAGAGCACGUCAUCCAACUGGGAUACAGUGAGAAAGGCUAUGAGUGAGAUUGAUGCCACUGAUGUACUGUCAGCCAUGGGAGCCAUUCCUCCAGGCUUCAGACCCUCCACUCUGUCAAAACUGCUGGAGGAAGGAACUUCCUAUAGAGCCAGUCACUAUAUUCAGCCCAAACUCAGACAAUCAGAGCUCAGUUUUACAGAUCUUCAGCUGGAACCAGACACUGGCAAGGUACUCGCACAGCAUUCCCGAGUGUGCGUGAUCGUGACUCUGUGGAGCUGUAGAAUGAUCCCACCUCCAGGGGUGGGGCUGAGGGUCCUGAGCCGUCACAUCCGUCUCUGUGCUUUUAAUGGAACUGAGGUGAUGAGUAAUAUCCACACAGUGAGAGCCUACUGCACUCCAUCCAGCCCGAAAACAUGGAGCUUCUCACCACGGAUGAGUGGUUUACUGCCCUGUCUGUUAGAUGGAGAUUGUUUUUUUCGCUGUGAUUCCAACUCUCCUGACGUGGGAAUUCUGUUUGAGCUCGGCAUCACAUAUAUCAGAAAUUCCACAGGAGAUAGAGGAGAUCUGAGCUGUGGUUGGGCUUUUCUUAAACUCUUUGAUGAAAAUGGGGCACUCAUACCUCUACGUACACAGGAGCUCACAGUAAAUGCAGGUACUCCAUAUGAGGGGGUAGUUGAAACAAGCAGCAUGCCAUCUAUAAGAGGUGGCUCCAGUGGCAUGCUCCAUCAGAUGCUGAAGUCCAGGAAACUUCCCAAACUCAUCAUUAAGCUCAGAUCCCCAAACACUCGGACCAGAGAACAGCUCAGCUUGCUCCCUGUCACUCUACUUGGCUGCAUGUCCACGGUUCCCCUGCUGGUUUUGUAUAGACAACUGCUCGCUGACAUACUGCUGUUGGACCGUGUCACCAUGCAAAAUGCAGACCUGAUCUGCAGCUCAAUUGUAGCUACGUUCCCUGAGGUUUUGGAUCAGUCUGACCUGAUGGAUGCUUUCAGGAAAUCAUGGGUGGAGUCAGAAAACAACCUGAAGAGGUCUGUCAAGAAGGAUGUAGCUGUACUAAAGAAGCUGUUUGAGAGUGUGUAUAUGAGCAGUGUGUUCCCGUUGUUGUCCUCGGUGGAGAUGCCCGCUGCUUGCUGGGCCAACGAGGACAUAGAGGCCCAACGCGCCCGUCUCAUUUAUAACCCCACCAACAAGAUUUCACUGGAAACCAUGUUGUCAUCCAGUCACAAGCAUCGAGCUUUUAACAUCUCUCAGGUUUCCUAUGAUCUCCUCACUUCUGCCUGGAACUGACCAAUCACCAUGCAGCUGACCGACAGAUGAAAUGAAUUAAAAUAUAUAUAAUAAAUUAAUAGCUCAUGAUCA